GUGCGCACAUUAAAUAAUUUAGAAUAAUAAGUAAAAGAAAACCAGUUACGCUAAUUCAUAUUUUUCUUACGAUACUAAAAUGUAUUCUGUAUAUAAAAUCAAGAAGAGGUGCUUCGGAGUCGCACUGUGUAGAUUUCUAAGUUCAGCUGAAAUCUCCACAGCAUUAAGACCAUUUUAUUUCAGUGUUCAUCCAGACCUUUUUGGAAAAUAUCCAGAGCAAAGGAGAACAAAUGAAAACUCAUUACAACAGUUAAGUGCUUUAAUAGAAGCCCAACAAUCUAGUCGAACCAUGUCAAUACCUGCACUACCUUUUUAUUUAAGACAAAAGGAUAUGCCUGAAGGACAAUUUAAAUUAGUAAAAAUCAAGUUAAACGGAAAUAAUGUGAGAGAAACAGUGGUCAAAGUGUUAAGUGCAUGUGACAUAUCAACAAAUUAUGUUGAUAAAAUACCCGUAAGCACUAUGAAACCAGAAUUUAGCAAACAAGAUUUUAAUAAAGCAUACCAAGAAUAUAAUGAUGAGUUUCAAAAUGCUACUCGAAUGAAAAGAAAGGUAGAGGAAAGAAAAGUUAUUAACAAUGUAAUAAGCUGGAUUCAUGAGAACAGUAGCUUGGCUAAAGAGAAGUAUGAAUCUACAAAAGCAACCAGAGAUCAUGUGAAAUCAUUGAUUGAGGAUCUAUGCAGAACUUAUGGUAUAAAGGAAGUUAAAUAUGACAGUGGUUGGAAUAUAAGUCACAUAAGGGGAGCUCUUCAGAGUCUUGCUUCGCUCGCUUCACAACAUUCAAAGGAUAUGAUUAAUUUAAAGGGCAGAACUAUAGCAUUGGGCCAGUUUACUGGAGUAAGCUUGGAUGGUGAUGUAUUUCUUAAUAUUAUUGAUGUAAGGAAUGAAUGGUUAUCUUUAAUUAAAAAGGUUAGUCAAGAAGAUAGUGCAUUAAGUCAAAUACCUAAUUACGAGAAAGCUCUGUCUAGAAUAUUGAGAGAUAUUCAUAUAUGCAGAAGGAAAUUCAUGCCCAAAGUAUCUGCAACUCAGUAUUGCAAUCAUUUGCGACAGUUAAUAACAUCUAUUGGAGACUUCUACGGUUAUGGAAAAAAGUUUCCAGCAUCGGUACCAGAAUCUCUUAGUAAAUAUGAAAUUGUUGUAGAACCGGAAGCAGGUCCAUUGAUGGUGUCGCCGACUGGCCAGUUUAUAACGCCGUCAUCGUGUCCCGCAGACGAGCUCAUUGCCUUCAUAGCUAACCAUCUUGAUGAGGCCAUGUUACUUCUCACUGAAUAUAGCAUAAAUAAACAUGUAGAGAAAGCGCUGUACGUGGAAGUAAAGGAGCGCUUUGGUCUACUGGAGCUGCACAAAGACGACAGCAUCACGCCCGCGCUCAUGAUCCUGUGCUGUCAGAGAUUACUCACCAGGAUAGAUAAACUCAAUACUAAACUGCGCGGGAAUAUUCUUUACGUGACACAUUAUUACUCAGUAUUGUCAGAAGGUAUCUUGUGUAUACCAUGGGACUUCAAAUAAAUCAUCUAACUAGUGAAAUUUAGAAUUAGAAAAUUUGACGAAAAUAUUCUUUAAAAAUAUAGAAAUAUUAGUUUUACGGCUAACGCGUAUUCGCCCACUUGAAGAGUCCGCGUUAACCUUUAGACUAUUUUAUUACAACUUUCAUUCCUCCACUAAUAUAGUAAUCUGAUUUUAUUUUUUGAUAUGUUGAAUUCUGUGAUAUCAAGUUUUAAUGUAAAAUAGUAAAAAAUGCCAGGGGUUCUCAACCUUUUUCACGAAUAAUUGUUGUAGGGUGUUAUAAGCAAUCAUAUUUUCAAUUCCACAAAACUUAAGAAAACAUCUCGCGAACUGUUGAAAUAAAAGUUCUUUAACAGUUUGGGAACACGUGGGAUCAAGAGUUAAGCCAUAAGAACAGUUAUAAAAUAGUUGUCAUAUUUUCAUUCCCCACAAGUGAUUUGCAACAUCUCUAUGAAAGUAAUAAAUGAUAUAUUUACAUAUA